CCCUCCUCCCUCCCCUCCGCCGUAGAGCCACAAUGGUACAGCCAGCAUCUUGCAGCACAAUGGUUGCAAGGUGGUGAGUGAUUCAGCAUCAGCCAACCUCUGCGCUUCGUUUCCUUUUCCCUCGUCGUCUUUUUUGUUGUUGUUGUUGUUGUUGUUGUUGUGGCUCUCUCUCUUCUUCUUCUUCUUCCUUCGCCGCUCGCCAUCUCCAUGAACGCGUAUAAAGUCAGCCUCCCGCAGCCAUGAUCGCCGCAAUGUUCCUCGUCGGGAUAUUUUGAAAGAAGAAGAAGAAGAAGGAGAAGAAGAAGAAAUAGAGGAACCGUCCGCGGACUGGGAUCGUCAUCAGCUGGCACGGAAUGGUAUUUAUGAGCAGACAUUUCUUAUAUAACUGCAGCCAACCGAUCCUGGAUGUGAAGAUAGCCUUUUGUCAGGUGUGUGUUCCUUACAGGUAAAAAAAGGGUUUUGGAAAACAAGUGGAUGUGUCAUAUAUCGCCAAACAUUACAACAUGAGUAAAAGCAAAGUGGACAACCAGUUCUACAGCGUGGAAGUGGGAGACUCCACUUUCACAGUUUUAAAACGGUACCAGAAUUUAAAGCCCAUCGGCUCCGGGGCUCAGGGAAUCGUCUGUGCUGGUUAUGAUGCUGUCCUGGACAGAAAUGUAGCUAUCAAGAAGCUGAGCAGACCCUUCCAGAACCAGACCCAUGCCAAGAGGGCGUACCGGGAGUUGGUGCUCAUGAAAUGUGUCAAUCACAAAAACAUUAUCAGUUUAUUAAAUGUCUUCACCCCACAAAAAUCAUUAGAGGACUUCCAGGAUGUGUACCUAGUGAUGGAGCUGAUGGAUGCCAACUUGUGCCAGGUGAUUCAGAUGGAGCUGGACCACGAGAGAAUGUCCUACCUGCUCUACCAGAUGCUGUGUGGUAUCAAACAUCUGCACUCGGCCGGCAUUAUUCACCGGGACCUCAAACCAAGCAAUAUAGUGGUGAAGUCCGACUGCACCCUGAAGAUCCUGGACUUUGGUCUGGCCAGGACCGCAGGCACCAGCUUCAUGAUGACCCCUUACGUGGUGACUAGGUACUACAGAGCCCCGGAGGUCAUCCUCGGCAUGGGGUACAAAGAGAAUGUGGAUUUAUGGUCGGUGGGGUGCAUUAUGGGAGAAAUGGUGCGCCACAAAAUCCUCUUCCCCGGGCGUGACUACAUCGACCAGUGGAACAAGGUGAUUGAGCAGCUCGGCACGCCCUCUCCAGACUUCAUGAAGAAGCUUCAGCCCACAGUGAGGAACUACGUGGAGAACCGGCCAAAGUACGCGGGUCUCACCUUCCCCAAGCUCUUCCCCGACUGCCUUUUCCCUGCCGACUCUGAGCACAACAAACUCAAAGCCAGCCAGGCCAGAGACCUGCUGUCUAAGAUGCUGAUCAUCGACCCGGCCAAGCGGAUAUCGGUGGACGACGCCUUGCAGCACCCCUACAUCAACGUGUGGUACGAUCCCGCUGAGGUGGAGGCGGCCCGAGAUCUCAUCCAAAUAUCCAUGCCUCCACCUCAGAUCUACGACAAGCAACUGGAUGAAAGAGAACACUCCAUUGACGAAUGGAAAGAACUCAUUUACAAAGAGGUGAUGAACUUUGAGGAGAGAACGAAGAAUGGCGUAGUGAAGGGACAGCCUUCACCUUCAGGUGCAGCCGUGAACAGCAGCGAGAGCCUCCCUCCCUCCCCCUCCAUCAACGAUAUCUCCUCCAUGUCAACCGACCAGACCCUGGCCUCAGACACCGACAGCAGCCUGGAGACCUCCGCGGGGCCCCUCGGGUGCUGCAGGUGACUAGCAGCCUGCCUGCGCAACCCCGUGUUCUUCCGGAGGUGAAGAACCCAACCGAACCGGAACCGACUGAACACACACACACACACGUGAAAAACAACCACAAAAAAAAAAGAGUUAUGAUCAAAACGAUUAUAUAAUGAGAACAAAAACACAGAAUCUGAACUGAUGAAAUCUGAAGCCUGUGCAUUGUCAUUCAUAAACGGCAGUGGUAUUUAAACUGAACUAAAUGAGAUAUAUGUUAAUGAUUCUCUAGUUGCUUUUGCUUAUAUUUACCCCACAUAUCUUGUGUGUAUGGCAUACAUAACAAAACGACCAAAUGCUUCAACUUGCAUCUCCUGUGAAGUGAAUACUGACCCACGGCUGCUUCCCCCCCGAAAUUCCUCACAAACCGCAUUUAAAGCUCCGACCAUUGUGCGGCGAGGUGGGUCGGCCAUUUUGCCCCCCGCCACUCCUGCACAAUUACGUUCUCCCCUUUCCCUGUCGAACCCUCAUGUAUAGACUCUGACCCCCCCACGUGAGAUCGCCCCGAUUGGUGUGUUUUUGUGUGGUUAUUCUGCAGGGAAGUGUAGUCGCCCCCCCCCCAGGGCGGCGCCGACCUGCGCUACUUGUAAAUAGUGUAACUCUGCACAGCUGAAGGGCACACAGAGCGGGACUGACGGCCAGUACACUGGGAGGUUGUUCUUGUUGUUGUUGUUUUUUUCUUCUUCUUCUGACGGGCACAAAUUGCCACAUCAGCGCUUUCCACCUGAGUUGCCCCCCCCCCUCCCCACCCCCGUGUCUAUUGCUGUAGUCCUGCAUGAUUCGAUUUAACUCUGCUAACCUCACUGUAUGCUAAAAAGAGUCUGUAUACAGACUUUUGUUUAUAUACCAUGUAAACUAACUAAACACCGGACAUUUGGGGGGGUCUGGUCACGGGAUAGGACCAGUGACUGUGUGUGUGUGUGUGUGUGUGUAAACCAGAGGCAAAGCCAUUGAGACGUUAGUAAAUGUCAGGGCUGCGUUUGGGACUUAAAGGGUCAGUACUGAAAUAAAUUAUUUUGAUCGUGCUCUGGCUUCGUGAAAUGACCCUUAAGGGGGGGGGGGGGGGGGGGGGUCAAGAAGUCUGAUUUGCACGUAAUGUCCCUUUUAUUUCUCCUCGAUUGUGUGCGAUCGGCCCCCCUCCAGCACCCGCAUGUCGUUGUUUAACCGUUGACCCCACACAGGAGCAGGUGGUCGCUCUGUUUGGCCACAAGGAGGCGACUCUUAUUUGGUGGAUCUUCUGAAGCCUCGAAGGCUCUUUCGAUCCGAAUGAUCACACAGCGGGAGGUUCGAAGGUGUUCACCUCGUGGCAGUGAAAACCCGUUGUAC